UUUGCUCCAAGAGAGAGUAAGAGAGAGUCAUAGGGCACAUUUGUUCGAAUCCCCCAUAACAAGGAUGAGUUACCCCUACUACUCUCCUCCACCACCUUCACCACCUCUGCCAUGCUCUCCUCCACCACCACCGCCACCUGCCCCAUGUAACCCUGUAAGCUCACCACCGCCACCUCAUCACCACCACCACCACCAUCACCACCAUCCAAAAUCACCACCAAAACACUACGAUAGCCAUCCACCGCCACCACCAUCACCAUCACCACCGCUACCUCCGCCACCUCACCACCACCAUGAUUAUCCAAAGCCACCAACUCCGUCACCACCACACCACCACCAUGACUAUCCAAAGCCACCACUUCCCUCACCUUGUCCACCACCUCCACCCCCACAUCACCAUGACUACCCUAAACCUCCAACUUAUUCACCACCUCAAGCAGUACCACCCUCAGUUCCAGCACAACCACCAACCAAACAUGAGGCUCCACCGCCUCACUCACAUGUCUAUCCACCAAAACCUUCCUAUGGCUCUGCUCCACCACCAAAACCAUACCACCACACAGCUCCACCACCUGAACAUGUACAUCCACCAAAGCCCAGCCCAACUAUUCCACCACCACAAUCACCUCCCAAAGCUUGUCCACCAAAGAGCAGCCAACCUCCAGUCCACCCUCCAAAGCCAUACCCUCCAAAAUCAUCACCACCAAGCCACCCUCCAAAGCCAUACCCUCCCAAAUCCUCACCACCAAAAAGUCAACCUCCAGUCCACCCUCCAAAGCCCUACCCUCCCAAAUCAUCACCGCCACAAAGCAGCCACCCUCCAGUACAACCACCAAAGCCAUACCCUCCAAAAUCAUCACCACCAAAGCCCAGUCACCCUCCAAAGCCUUACCCUCCAAAAUCAUCACCUCCCAAAUCAUCGCCCCCCAAAGCAUCACCUCCAAAAAGCACCUACCCUCCAAAGGCAGCGCCACCAAAAUCCGCAUACCCACCUGCAUUCCCUCCUGGUUACUACACUCCUCCUACCCCCUUCAACGCGGUCCCGCCUUCAUCUGAAAUCGUGGCACCGCCACCAGGGAAAAACCACACCACUGUCAUCGCGGUGUGCGUCUCCCUGGGUGGUGCCUUCUUCCUUGCCUUCCUCUUACUCGGCCUCUUCUGCGUCGCCAAGAAGAAGAAGAAGAGAGUGAUGGUUCCUGCAGCAGUUCCUUGUAUUGAGGAAGAAGAACAUCAACCAGAAGCAGUGCCAGCCGUAGGAGGAGGCGCAUAUGGUGCUGCGCCACCUCCAAUAGCGGUUCCUGUAGAGCAACACGGAUAUGGUGGUGGUGGCGGUGCAGCUGAGAUCGGGCCUUCUGGGGCGACAGCUUAUGCUCCUCCUGGACAUCAUCCAAGUUAUUGAUAAUGCCACGUCAUUCUCGGUUGCAAUAUUCGUACACGUUCAGUGUGAUUUCAUUGCAUUAUUCUUUAGGGUUUGUAAUAAUGUUUGGUCGAUUUGUUGAUUAUUUUUUUUGGAUUGUAUUUAUUCAUGUUGUGUGGAUCGUCAAAGGAAAGGAAUGUGGUGGCCAUUGGCCAGCUAAUAAGAAGGGUUAUCCUAUGAUUCUAUGAAGGCAAAGGCCAAAUUUGUUCAUGUAAA